CAGGCAAUGAAAUACGGAAAUUAGAAAUGGCUGCGAUGGGUAGUGGACGGGGGACGAUGGAUACCCAAAAUCAAGUUCAAAGUGAUAAUGUAGAUCGUUUAAAAUUGCUUUAUCCAAAUGUGAACGAAGAUGAGACACCACUGCCAAGAUCAUGGAGCACAAAAGACAAAUUUAGUUACAUCGGGCUGUCGCAAAAUAAUCUACGAGUACACUACAAAGGUCAUGGCAAGACCCACAAGGACGCGGCCAGUGUCCGCGCGACCCAUCCCAUCCCGGCCGCCUGUGGCCUGUACUACUUCGAGGUGCGGAUCGUGUCUAAGGGCCGAGACGGAUAUAUGGGGAUAGGGCUCUCCGCGCACGGAGUCAACAUGAACCGGCUUCCUGGUUGGGAUAAGCACUCGUACGGCUACCACGGUGACGACGGGCACUCGUUCUGUUCGUCGGGGACGGGGCAGCCGUACGGGCCGACCUUCACCACCGGGGACGUCAUAGGCUGCGGCGUCAACCUCGUCGACAACACCUGCUUCUACACCAAGAACGGGCACCACCUGGGGAUCGCCUUCAGGGGACUGCCGCCGAACCUAUACCCCACGGUGGGCCUCCAGACGCCGGGCGAGGUGGUGGACGCUAACUUCGGCCAGCAGCCGUUCGUGUUCGACAUCGAGGACAUGUUGAGGGAGCUGCGGGCGCGGACUCGGCUCGCCAUAGACGACUUCCCUCUGCCCACCGAGCAGGGGCAGUGGCAACAAGUACUGCACAGGAUGGUGUCGUCGUACCUGGUGCAUCACGGGUACUGCAGCACGGCGCAGGCCUUCUCACGGGCCACGGGCCAGACCAUCGACGAGGACAUCGCCUCUAUCAAAAAUAGACAACGGAUAUCGAAGCUGGUAUUGUCAGGUCGAAUCGGUGAGGCGGUAGAGUUGUCCCGGCGGCUGUACCCCGGCCUGCUGGAGAGAGACCCCGAGCUGGUGUUUCUGCUGAAGUGCCGCCAGUUCGUAGAGAUGGUGAACGGCACGGACGCGCUGUGCGCGGACCCGGAGCAGGCCGGACCGGGGGAGGAGACGGGGGAGGGAGCGGCGGUGGAUGGAGUGGCCGGGGGCGAUGACCUCACCACGUCCGUCAUCUCGCACACGAGCCGCGCGCCCGCCAAUGGGGAACAUGCGCACACUAACGGCGUGGCGCUGCCCGAGGCUGAGCGACACGACGUGGACAUGCCGGCGGCCAACGGCACUCACGACGGUGGCGCGCUGCCGCCCGUGAAGGGCAUGCCCGGCGUCACGGCGAGCGUCGCCGCGCUCUGGCCGGCUGCCGAGGGCGAGGUCUGUUCGCGUGCGUCGGUGGAGCGCAUGCUGGCCUUCGGUCGGGAGCUGUACGCCAUGAGCCAGAAACUCACUCAGGACCAGUACCACAAGACGAUGCUCGAGGACGCGUUCAGUCUCCUCGCGUACAGCAACCCGUGGGACAGUCCGGUGGGCUGGCAGCUGGAGCCCGUGAGGCGCGAGGCCGUGUGCGAGGCUCUCAACUCCGCCAUACUCGAGUGGCGAGGCAUGCAGUGGGUGUCCCCGGUGGAAGCGUGCGUGUCUCACUCCCGCGACCUGCUGCGUCGCAUGGCGCGCGCCUCCCUCGGUGCCUGCGCCUUCGCCGACCUGCCCGCGCUGCUCCGCCGCUGACCGCCGGCCCACCCCGCCCCCCGCGCCCCGCCGCCCCCGCCUCCCCCCGGGUUCGCUCUGUUCCCCUCGUCCCGGCCCGUGCCGCUGCUCCCCGAGCCGGUGGAGGUCCCCGCUGCUCCGCGGCCGCCCCUCUGUAUGUUGCCGG